UCUCCUUUUAGAUUCCCUCUAGUUUAAACAUGGCGGCAACGAAGCAUGUGUCUUGCGGUGUUGACCUGCAUUUCGUUCACGAUAUUUCGGAGUCCCUAUUAGCGGCAGGAAAUUCUGGCUUCAAGUUUGUGGCGGCUGAUAUCAGUCAUCCUCGGUAUCGUCAGGAAUUCCUUAACAGUGACAGUACCUUGCAGACCAAACCAUUUGCCCGAUCUGACUUGGUGCUCCCUUCCCAAGACUGGAGCAGUUUGGUGAUACUAAAAUUGUCUCGAUCUAUUAAUGUGGACUCUCCUAUUGAAAUCACUAGAAGAACAUCUGAAAAGAUCUUGCACAGAGAAUUGGGCUAUGCUGCCCAUUUGGGAGUGCCUGCAAUUAUGUUGCAGCUCAGGAGUGUACAGUGUAUUAAUCUGGCUCGCAUGUUGCACAACUACAUUCUUGCUGCAACGGCCUAUCAGAUGAUGUUUCAAGCCUGGGUAUUGGUACCAAUGGAGUCGCCAGUGGAUGCCUGCCACAGGUACUAUGCAUCGACUGAUGAAAUGUGCCACAAUGAAGAUGAUGAUGGUACCCCACGCGAUGACCCCUGGGAAUGGUGGAACACCUUUCGCAACCUAUGUGGCACUGAGAAGCGCCUCGGGGUGGCUUUACGUAUGUCUGCAGACCUUCCCUCGGAGUCAUCUUUGAGGCGCUGGCUGGGAGAGCCUGUACGCUGUGUGGUUAUCCCUACUUCUCUCUUCAUGACCAACAAGAAGGGUUAUCCUGUUUUGUCAAAAGCGCACCAAACUGUCAUUCACAGGUUUUUCAAGAUGUCAGCACAAAUAAUCGUUCAGGGCAGCUGCCACCAUGAUCACAUGAAACACUACUACCAGUAUAUUGACCACCUUUACGGUAUUCUUAGAAGUCAUAAUAGGGCGUCUUCCUCUGUAGAACAUUCUCAACCCCUUGAUGAUCCUCUAGCUGAGUUUUCCAAAGGUUUUGAGGACUACCUACAGAUACCACUCCAGCCUUUGAUGGAUAACCUUGAGUCCUCAACUUAUGAAAUUUUUGAAAAGGAUCCAGUAAAGUACACUGAGUACCAGAGAGCUAUGUACUUAGCACUAAUGGAUAAAGGAAAGCAAGUAGGAACGGACAAAGAAAUCAUACUGAUGGUUGUGGGGGCGGGUCGUGGACCAUUGGUCAGAGCUGCCUUGAAUGCAUCUGAAAGUGCUGGUCAGAAGGUCAAAGUAUAUGCUGUAGAGAAGAACCCCAAUGCAGUAGUCACAUUACUCAACCAAAAACGGGAGUCUUGGCAGGAGAGAGUGACUGUGGUGUCAUGUGAUAUGAGAGAGUUCAGUCCACCAGAGAAAGCAGACAUCUUGGUGUCUGAACUUCUGGGGUCAUUUGGGGAUAAUGAACUAUCCCCGGAAUGCUUAGAUGGUGCACAAAGGUUCCUCAAAGAGGAUGGUGUCAGCAUACCAGCGUCAUACCAGUCAUUCCUGGGCCCGAUCCAGUCGCAUAAACUAUACAGUGAACUAGCUGGUAUGCGGGAGAGGGACAAGCAGCCACUGACGCCUUUUGAAAUGCCGUACGUAGUCCGCCUGCAAAAUGUUGCAGAACUAGCCAUGCCACAGUCACUUUUUUCAUUUCACCAUCCAAACAAAGAUAAGGUGAUUGACAACAGCCGAUACAGAAGUCUGAAAUUCCACAUUAAGGAUAACUGUGUGCUCCACGGGUUUGCUGGCUACUUCGACACGGUGUUGUACAAAGAUGUUACACUCAGCAUCUACCCAAAUUCUCACUCACCUGGUAUGUUCAGUUGGUUCCCCAUAUUUUUUCCAAUAAAGGAGCCCUUGGUCCUGUCACGUAACUCGUGUCUGGAAGUUCAUUUCUGGAGAUGUGUUACACCACGUAAGGUGUGGUACGAAUGGGUGGUGACAAAACCAGUGGUGGGGACUGUUCACAACCCCUGCGGGAGAGCAUAUACCAUUGGACUUUAACCAAUUCAUUGCCUGUGAUACUUGCUUCAUUAAAGACAUCUAAAGUGGCCAAAACUGC